GUACGUACAAGAGAACAUUAACAGCCAACAAAGAGGUUUUGUGAGUUUCAACACAAGCUGUAAGAAUCCACAGCUGCAUGCUUAGAACACUUGCUACAUCAAUAGUUCAAAAACCACAGAAUCAGUCAACAAUACCACAAGAAUGGCAGAGAGUAUAUCUUCAGGAAGUGCAUCUUCAGGAAGUGCAAGUUCGGAACUGGUAGCACAAGACUUUGAGAUGACCUUUGACUCAGAGAACCGCGGCAGAAACAUCAAAGUUGAGAAUGAUGGACUUGCAGCAAGCAAAAUCAAAAAGGGUGCAAAAGAGGCGUUGGUUGUAACCAAUCGUCCGAUAGUGAGCAACGAGCUGUUUGAGAUCUCCGUGGGCGGUGGAUCCGGCUUCAAAGGAGUUAAGGGAGAAAUGAAGGCCAGACUCAAAGGAAAGGAGUCUGUCAGAAUAGGAGUCACUGUUCACUGCCCAUCAGACGUGUGCUCGUUCAGCACUCAGCACUCCCUGAAGAGAAUGACUAGUGGAACAUGGAUGAUGAUGUCAGAGUCCAUUAUCGAGAAUGGGGAGACCAUCAAAUCUUUGAAAUACAACCUCAAUGAGCUCUCUGUCAAUGACAGAGUGGGGAUAAUCAGAGUACCAGAGUUCAAUGGUUCACUGAUCAUCUACAUCAACGGAGCACCCAUCGGGAUCAUAGCCACCAGCGUGCCUGACCGAGUGUACGGGUUUGUGGAGCUACAGGGCGAAUGUGAGAGAGUCUCCCUCACUAGGAACAGACUAGUCAAACACGAAGCACUACCAAUAGAGAUUCGCUCAAUGCGAGACAGAGCCAAUGAAAUCCACAAGCUCCAACACCAGAUGGGUGAGAGGGAUCAACAGAUACUAGUAUUGAACACUCAAAUGGAGCUGCUCAGAACACAGUUAAUGGCCAGCAGGAAUAGAGCCGGGACUAACGGAACGCUGAAGACUCAUCACCAAGACGACGGGAGGGAGAGCAGGGAAACACAGACUAUGCAAAUGUUGGAAAUACAAUCAAACGGCUCUACCACAGAAAGAAGGCGGCGAAAGAGAGCCUGUAUCAUCUGCUAAACUGUUAAUGAUAGUUGUGUGUGUGUGUUUGCUUGUGUGUCCAUUAUUAUCAAAGCUGGAAAAAUUUUGUUCAACUGCAUAUAAUUAUACUAUAAGCUCAGCAAUAAUUAUUUUUCAAAAAUGUGUCAAAAUUUAUCUUGUCCAUUUGUUUUUACCUCAUGAGCACUGUAGCUACUUCCUCCACACUCACCAACCCCCAAUACAAUUUUUUGGCUAUAAUAAUUAUGAAUCUUAACGAAAGAUAUUCAACUACUGUACAA